AUGGAUCAAGACCCAGCUGCGUUUGUACAGGAGAUGAGGAGAAGAAUGGAGGCUAUGCAGGCGGAGAUAGAAACUUUGAGAGCCGAGCGUGAUGCGGCCAGGGGGGCGCACGCCAAUCGUCCUACGCGCGCCCUGUCACCAGUAGUGGAGAUGCCGGAAACUGAUCUGGAUUCAGAAGAUGGUACGGACCCAAUGACUGAAAGUUAUGAUCAAGAGAGGGAGCAGAGUGAGGCCGAGUCGUAUCGGGGUGCUAACCGUCCGACCACAGCCGGUCGGGUUAGAGCAUUGCAUCCGUUUACGGCCACAAUCAUGGAGGAACAGAUUCCGGACCGAAUGUUCCCGUCCUUGGAAAAAUAUGACGGCUCGGGUGAUCCGGAAGAGCAUUUGAGGUCUUCUGUGGACGCGAUGACCGUAUAUUCACCCAGGGAGAAUGUAUGGUGUAGGGUUUUUUCUUUGUCAAUAAAAGGAGAAGCUUUAGCCUGGUUCCACUCACUGAGACCUCGAACAAUCAAUAGUUUUGCUACUCUAAGAGAUAAGUUCGAACGACAGUUUUCGGCAGGACGAGCGCGAAACUUGACGUAUCUAGAGUUGACUAACAUAAAGCAGGAGAAAGGAGAAAGUCUUAGGGCUUUCAUGGACAGAUUCAACCGAACCGCUCGGCAAGUAAAGGGGGUAGGCAAGAAAUUUACCAUCAGCACUCUGGCAACCGCGCUAAGGCCUUCCCAAUUUGCUGACAACCUGUUCGCGGAGCCUCCUUUAACUCUAGAUGAGUUACAAGAGAGGGCUGCUAGAUUCAUGAGAAUAGAAGAGAUGAGGGCAGUGAGACCUUCCAAGUCAUUACCAAAAGCGGAUGGAACCAAACAUUGUACGUAUCACUUAAACAUAGGACAUAGCAUCGAGGAGUGCACGGUGUUGAAAGAUGAGGUGGAGGAACUGAUCCGAGCCGGUCAUUUAAGGAGAUUUGUGAAGGAAGAGAGAAGGAUAAGAAGUUCACCCAGGAGAAGUAGGGUGGAAAGAAAUGAUAGAAGAGAAGACCGGCGUUCCGACCGUAGGAGGAGUAGAAGCCGCAGCCAUGACCGAUCGCUGCGAGGCACAAUAAACACCAUCUCGGGUGAAUUUGUACGGGGGGCGUCCGCGUCCGCGAGGAAGAGAAACUUGCGGGAGCUUAAGAGCGUUCAUAGGGUAGAUGUGAGAAAGCGACACAUGCCGCCAAUCACAUUCACAGAUGAAGAUUUUCAUGCCCCUGACCUAGAGGAAGAUGACCCGAUGGUGAUAACGGCAGUUAUUGCCAGAUAUAGUGUGGGAAAGGUGCUAGUAGAUCAAGGCAGUUCGGUCAACAUCUUAUACUGGAAAACAUUCCAGCAAAUGGACAUAUCAGAGGACCUGAUCGCUCCAUAUAAUGAACAGAUAGUGGGAUUUUCUGGGGAGCGAGUGGACACCAGGGGGUAUGUGGAUCUUAGAACAUGCCUAGGGACCGAACGGAGUAAGGAAGUGAAAACCAGGUUCUUACUGGUGGACGCUAACACUUCCUAUAAUGUGUUGUUGGGGCGACCAUGUCUCAACGCAUUUGGGGCGAUCGUUUCCACGCCUCACCUCACACUGAAGUUUCCGUUAGACAAUGGGAAUAUCUGUGCCGUUCGGUCAGAUCAAACGAUUGCACGAGAAUGCUACAUGGCAGGGUUGAAGGUUCAACCGUCAUCAUCGGGCUCGCGCAGUCGGAGUAGGAGGAGGUGA